AUGAUCAUCAUUGAUCGUGUUAAGGAAUUGAGAGCAGCCAUUGAAAAGCAGCCAGAGGAAUACCCUAACUUUGAAACAUCUGACAGAUAUCCUACCCUGAAUCCUCUCAAUGAUUUUAGACAGACACAACACGACGACGCCCACCAGUACACUUUGUUUUUCUUUAAAGAGAAAACGAUUACAAUAAAUCAACAAGAAGGAGAGGGCAGGUGCCUAACACAACAAGAAGGAGAGGCCAGGUGCCUAACACAACAAGAAGAAGAGAAGUUCUGCCUAACACAACAAGAAGGAGAGGGCAGGUGCAUAACACAACAAGAAGAAGAGAAGUUCUCCCUAACACAACAAGAAGAAGAGAAGUUCUGCCUAACACAUCAAGAAGAAGAGAAGUUCUGCCUAACACAACAAGAAGAAGAGAAGUUCUGCCUAACACAACAAGAAGAAGAGAAGUUAUGCCUAACACAACAAGAAGAAGAGAAGUUCUGCCUAACACAACAAGAAGAAGAGAAGUUCUGCCUAACACAACAAGAAGAAGAGAAGUUCUGCCUAACACAACAAGAAGAAGAGAAGUUCUCCCUAACACAACAAGAAGAAGAGAAGUUCUGCCUAACACAACAAGAAGAAGAGACGUUCUGCCUAACACAACAAGAAGAAGAGAAGUUCUGCCUAACACAACAAGAAGAUGAGAAGUUCUGCCUAACACAACAAGAAGGAUAG